AAUUAAUAAGCGAAAAGUCAUUUGUCUUAAAAAAAAAUAAACAAAAACAAUAAUGGUUUCCCAAUUAUCUCGUCGAGAUGUCGACGAUUUAAAACCAUCAAUUGAUAAAUUGGUGGUUAAAGUUUUGGGUAAUAGUGACAUAUCUGUAAUAAAUACGACAGUAAAAUGUUUACUAGCUGGUUAUGAUAAACAUAAAACAGAAAAAAAGUUAAUGAGUUUCAUUGAAACAAGGAAAGCAGAAAAAUUAACUGAUAAACUAUACGAUUUGAUCGAUGAUUUUACUGGCGUAAAUAAGUCACGUAAACGUGUCCAUGAAUCUGAUACAAAAGAUGUUGAUGCCAAAAAGCAUAAAUCUAGUUCAAAACGUGAUGAAUAUUCAGCGAAGGACAAAACGGAAGAAGGCAAGAGUAAUGGACAUAACAAAAGUGAUGAAAUAUUAUCAGCAACAAAAAUCAAGCAGAUGAUGGUAAAUGCUCAAAAAGAAAUUGAGGAAAGAAAACGACAGUUAGAUACUAUUAAAACUACAAAAGCCUCUGAUUCUAGCAAAACAACAUCAUCAGGAAAACCUGUUGUUCCUCCAUCAGUGGUGUAUAACGUACAUAAUAGUGGGUUAAUUAAUCGUGGCGAUGCUGAAAAGGCUCGUAAAAUAGCUCAAUUGCAAGCACAAAUUCGGAGUAAACUUUCAUCUGGAAUACUGGGUAACACAUUAUUAACAGCUGCAUCCGACAAACCAACACCAUUGAUUUUAGACUCUGAAGGUCGUACCGUUGAUAUUACUGGUAAAGCAAUACAAUUAACGCAUGUAACACCAACAUUAAAAGCGAAUAUACGAGCGAAAAAACGUGAAGAAUUUAAAGCACAAUUUAGUGAUAAAAAUGUGGAUGAUUAUUCUGAAGCAAAGUUCUUUGAUGAUCGUAUUGGUGCAAAACCAGCUGUUAGAAAUAAAAGAGCGCUACGAUUUCAUGAACCGGGAAAAUUUCAACAACUUGCUGAUCGAAUUCGUAUGAAGGCUCAAUUAGAAAAAUUACAGAAUGAAAUCUCACAAAUAGCUAAAAAAACGGGAAUAUCUUCAGCAACAAAACUUGCAUUAAUUGCAAAACCAGAGAGUUUUACUGAAGAUAUUCCAGCAAUGGAAUGGUGGGAUUCUGUAAUUCUAGUCGAUGAUUUGAAUAAAAUGGAAAAUGAUAAAAUAGCAAUUAAAAGAUCAGCGAUUAGUAAUUUAGUGGAACAUCCGACACAAAUGCGACCACCAACGGAUCCUCGUAAACCAGUUUAUAUGCCUGUAUUUUUAACGAAAAAAGAACGUAAAAAAUUACGCCGACAAAAUCGUAGAGAAAUGUGGAAAGAAGAACAAGAAAAAAUUCGUUUAGGACUUGAAGCACCACCCGAACCAAAACUACGAAUAUCAAAUUUAAUGCGUGUAUUAGGUACGGAAGCUGUUCAAGAUCCAACCAAAAUUGAAGCACAUGUUAGAGAACAGAUGGCAAAACGACAAAAAGCACACGAAGAAGCAAAUGCUGCACGACAACUUACAACUGAACAGAAACGAGAUAAAAAAAUUCGAAAAAUUAAAGAAGACACAUCUUUAGGUGUUCAAGUGGCAGUUUAUCGUAUCACUGAUUUACAUGAAAAUGCUUCCAAAAAGUUUAAAGUUGAAACGAAUGCGAAACAAUUAUACAUGACCGGGUGUGUUAUGUUGUUUAAAGAUUGUUGUGUUGUUGUUGUGGAAGGUGGUAUGAAACAACAGAAAAAAUACAAAAGAUUAAUGUUGAAUAGAAUAAAAUGGGAAGAGGAUAUUGUGAAAAACGCUGACGGUAAUGAUGAACCAAAUAAGUGUGUAUUAGUUUGGGAAGGAUCAACAAAACAACGAAAUUUUGGUGAAAUUAAAUUUAAAAUUUGCCCUACAGAGAAAAUGGCACGUGAACAUUUUAAAAAGCAUAAAGUUGAACAUUACUGGGACUUAGCGUAUAGUGGUGCAGUGUUAGAACAAGCAGAUGAUGUAUAAAAUUUUUGUAUUAAUUUAUUUGAAAUUAA